AUGUGGUGGAGAGAUUUGACGAGACUGAGACUCUGGUUGAAGAGAGAGGCAAUCCCAGGAGAGGGGCGGAAAGCGGCAAAAGUUAAUGCGGGAGUUGGAGAGAAGGGCAUCUACACAGCAAGCAGCAGGGGCGGCCCGCCAUCUGCGCGCUCGAAGGCGGUCACGGUGGUCGCGGAAGGGGCGGCGUCCAGAUCCUGGCUUUCCAUGGAUGCGCCCGAGCUGGGCCCGGGGCUGGUGGAGCGUCUGGAGCAGCUGGCGACGUGUCCUCUGUGCGGGGGCUCCUUCGAGGACCCGGUGCUUCUGGCGUGCGAGCACAGCUUCUGCCGCGCGUGUCUGGCCCGCCGCUGGGGGACUCCGCCGGCGACCGGCACCGAGGCGUCCCCCACCGCCUGUCCCUGCUGCGGCCUGCCGUGCCCCCGCCGCAGCCUGAGGUCUAAUGUGCGGCUGGCGGUGGAGGUGCGAAUCAGCCGCGAGCUGCGAGAGAAACUGGCUGAGCCUGGGGCCCGUGCGGGGAGACGCCGAGGGGGGCGCAUCCCCACCAUGGGCUGCCUGGACCUGCCCGGAGAGGAUAUGAGGAAGACAUGGAGACGAUUUGAAGUCCCAACACCCAAGUCAUCUAAUUCAGAGGAUGAUCUCCCUGAAGAUUAUCCAGUGGUCAAAAACAUGCUUCAUAGACUGACAGCCGACCUGACCCUGGACCCUGGGACCGCACACCGCCGCCUGCUCAUCUCCGCCGACCGCCGCAGCGUACAACUGGCCCCACCAGGGACGCCCGCGCCCCCUGACGGCCCCAAGCGCUUCGAUCAGCUCCCAGCUGUGCUGGGUGCGCAGGGCUUCGGGGCCGGCCGCCACUGCUGGGAGGUGGAGACUGCGGACGCCGCCUCCUGCAGAGACUCUUCUGGGGAGGAUGAGGACGACGAGGAGAGCCACUAUGCAGUGGGCGCGGCCGGGGAAUCAGUGCAACGCAAGGGCUGCGUAAGGCUGUGCCCUGCGGGGGCCGUGUGGGCCGUGGAGGGCCGCGGCGGCCGCCUGUGGGCCCUCACGGCACCCGAGCCCACCCUGCUGGGCGGUGUUGAGCCCCCGCCGCGGCGCAUUCGCGUGGACCUGGACUGGGAGCGGGGCCGCGUGGCCUUCUACGACGGCCGCUCACUCGACCUGCUUUACGCCUUCCAGGCGCCUGGCCCCCUGGGGGAGCGCAUCUUCCCGCUGUUCUGCACCUGCGACCCUCGUGCUCCGCUCCGCAUUGUACCAGCGGAAAGCUGA